AUGGGAAAUGUGAAGGAGAACCUGCUGUCCUGCAAGAUGCUGCUGCACUGCAAGAGGGACGAGCUGCGCAAGCUGUGGAUCGAGGGCAUCGAGCACAAGCACGUCCUGAACCUGCUGGACGAGAUCGAGAACAUCAAGCAGGUCCCUCAGAAGCUGGAGCAGUGCAUGGCCAGCAAGCGCUACCUCAACGCCACCGACAUGCUGGUGAGAUGGAGCAGGAUCGGCUCCCUGGUGAAAGAUGCCUCUCCUGUGCCUCUGAUGGAUGUCACUAAUUUAUCCACACCUCGGAAGUUCCUGGAAACCUCCCAGUUCAGCACUCCUGGAAGCUCCAGCAUGCGAGACUCGAGCCUGCUGGAAAUCAAGGAAGACACGGAACUGGAUCCAGAGGAGAACAGCAGUGUCUUCAUGGGAAUUCUCAUCAAAGGGCUGGCCAAGCUGAAAAAAAUCCCAGAGACAGUGAAAGCCAUCCAGGAUCGCUUGGAGCAGGAGCUCAAGCAGAUUGUGAAGAGGUCCACGACUCAGGUGGCUGACAACGGUUACCAGAGAGGGGAGAACAUUUCCCAGGAAAACCAGCCCAGGUUGCUGCUGGAGCUGCUGGAGCUCCUCUUCGACAAGUUCAACGCGGUGGCCGCCGCGCACUCGGUGGUCCUGGGGCACCUCCAGCAGACAGUGGCCUCUCCCUGCAGCCAGCACGAUGGGGACAUCAAGCUCUACGACAUGGUUGACGUGUGGGUGAAGAUCCAGGAUGUCCUGCAGGCUGGCUGGAUUGAUUUAUUCCUGUUGAAUUCCAGGUUUGAGUCCUCCUCCCACGCCAUCAGCAUGAGUGCCUACCUGAGGGAGCAGAGGAGGGAGCUGUACAGCAGGAGCGGGGAACUGCAAGGAGGACCGGAUGAUAACUUAAUUGAAGGUGGCGGAUCCAAGUUUGUCUGCAAACCAGGAGCCAGGAACAUCACCAUCAUCUUUCAUCCCCUCCUCAGGUUUAUCCAGGAGAUCGAGUUUGCCAUGGAGCUUGGCCCAGCCAAGCAGUGCCCUCUCAGGGAGUUCCUCACCAUGUACAUCAAGAACAUCUUCCUCAACCAGGUCCUGGCUGAGAUCAACAAGGAGAUCGAAGGCGUCACCAAGGCGUCGGACCCGCUCAAGAUCUUGGCCAACGCGGACACCAUGAAGGUCCUGGGCGUGCAGAGGCCUCUGCUGCAGAGCACGGUGAUCGUGGAGAAGACGGUGCAGGACCUGAUGAACCUGAUGCACGACCUGAGCGCGUACUCGGAUCAGUUCCUCAACAUGGUGUGCGUGAAGCUCCAGGAGUACAAGGACACCUGCACCCUGGCCUACAGGACCAUCGUGCAGUCGGAUGAGAAGCUGGUGAUCAGCGCGUCCUGGGCCAAGGACGACGACAUCAGCAGGCUCCUGAAAUCCCUGCCCAACUGGAGCAACAUGGCCCAGCCCAAGCAGCUGAGACCCAAGAGGGAGGAGGAGGAAGACUUUAUAAGGGCCGCUUUCGGCAAAGAAUCCGAAGUUCUCAUCGGCAACCUGGGCGACAAACUGAUCCCUCAGCAGGAGAUCCUGCGCGACGUCAGCGACCUCAAGGCCUUGGCCAACAUGCACGAGAGCCUGGAGUGGCUGGCAGGGCGCACCAAGGCGGCUUUCUCCAGCCUCUCCACCUCCCAGACCAUGUCUCCGGGCCAGGACAGCCAUUCCAGCAUGGAACAGCUCCCUGCAUCCGAACAGAUCCUGCAAACGCUGAGUGAGCUGGCCAGGUCUUUCCAGGAGAUGGCCGAUCGCUGCCUGCUGGUUCUGCACCUGGAAGUCAGGGUUCACUGCUUCCACUACCUGAUCCCUCUGGCCAAGCAGGGGAACUAUGCCAUCGUGGCCAACGUGGAGAGCAUGGACUACGACCCGCUGGUGGUGAGGCUCAACAAGGACAUCAGCGCCAUCGAGGAGGCCAUGAGCGCCAGCCUCCAGCAGCACAAGUUCCAGUACAUCUUUGAAGGGUUGGGCCACCUCAUCUCCUGCAUCCUCAUCAACGGCGCCCACUACUUCAAGCGCAUCAGCGAGUCCGGCAUCAAGAAGAUGUGUCGGAACAUCUUCAUUCUCCAGCAGAACCUGACCAACAUCACCAUGUCCCGGGAGGCCGACCUGGACUUUGCCAGGCAGUACUAUGAGAUGCUCUACAACACCGCAGACGAGCUGCUGAACCUGGUGGUGGAUCAGGGGGUGAAGUACACGGAGCUGGAGUACAUCUACGCCCUCAACCUGCUGCACCGCAGCCAGACGGGCGUGGGGGACCAGACCACGCAGAACAUGAGGCUGCAGAGGCUCAAGGAGAUCAUCUGUGAGCAGGCUGCCAUCAAACAGGCCACCAAGGACAAGAAGAUCACCACGGUGUGACCCACCCUGCCCCUCACACCCCUGGCAGAGCCGGGACUGGCAGGUGGCAGGUCCAGGCCUCUGUUUGUGUGCUGGUGGGGAGGGAAAUGCCACCUGGGAUUUGGGGUUGGGGUUGUUUUUUGGGGGGGUUCUGACGUGUAUUCAUCAUCAUGCUUCUUCAUGUGUUCUCCCACAGCAGGACCAGGAAUCCUGGUGGAGUUUGGGGUGGGAUAGUUGGCUUUGCUCUGCUCUGCUCUGCUUUGGGGUGUAAAAACAAGCUGCUGUCUCUGGUGGGGUGGGCAAAGAGAAGAUCUCACGCUGGGUCAGGUCAGGGAGUUCAGACCACGCUAAAUAAACAGCACCAUGACAGUCAAGCACAGCCCUGUCAGGAUCUUGAUGGUUUGGAGCCCUGUUUUGGGGCCUGCUCAGCUCUGCAGCGAGUUCUCCAUGAGAGUUUUCUCCACAUGAAAAGUGGAGAAGCUCCACAUGAAGUUUUCUGCUGUUCCCACUGCAGAGAGACCUCAUUGUUUACUCCUUCAGCCGAUACAUCCUUCAGCCAGUUCUCAGUGUGGGAGGGAACACGGGACCAUUUGUUUCCCACUUGUACUUUUUCAUUAUCCCAGAGCCAUCUGGCACCGGGCGAUGGAGAGAAUUGCCAACAUAAGAUAAUAACAAAGCUUAAUUCUCUUGUUCCCAGUGUAUCUUUGGAGCCUGCCCAGCUCCAAAGAUAUUUUGUCGUUGUCAUUUGAUGUUCUGGAAGGACACACGGGGUGAUGUGGCCCAGCACCGAUGAUCAGCAAGGGCAGGAGGGCAGAUCCAAGCUCUGUGGGCUGAGGGACACUCAGUCUUGACCAUAUUCCUCAAAAAUAAGAUCACACUCCACUUGUAUUUGGCAAAUAAAUUGUUGACCCAGCUGGGCUUCACUUGCUGAGAGAGGUUCUCCCUGAGCUGUGUAACUUGGGUGUCCUGAAACUGCAAAAUUAAAGGAUGUUUAAAGACUCUUCA